GUUGCUUUCAAAACAGAACCGUCUCACUAUGACCCGAAAUGCUGUAUGGGCUCUAUCCAACCUCUGCAGAGGGAAAAAUCCACCUCCAGAUUUUGCCAAGGUUUCACCUUGUCUUAGUGUGCUUUCCUGGCUGCUCUUUGUCAAUGAUACAGAUGUAUUAGCUGAUGCCUGCUGGGCUUUGUCCUAUUUGUCUGAUGGCCCCAAUGAUAAAAUCCAGGCUGUGAUUGAUGCAGGAGUCUGCAGAAGGCUUGUGGAAUUGCUGAUGCACAAUGACUACAAAGUUGUAUCUCCUGCCUUACGAGCUGUUGGGAACAUCGUCACAGGAGAUGAUAUCCAGACCCAGGUAAUUUUGAAUUGUUCAGCCCUGCAGAGUUUACUGCACUUGCUAAGCAGCCCAAAAGAAUCUAUCAAAAAGGAAGCAUGCUGGACAAUAUCUAAUAUAACAGCUGGAAACAGAGCCCAGAUCCAGACAGUCAUAGAUGCCCAUAUCUUUCCAGCUCUUAUAAAUAUUUUGCAAACGGCUGAGUUUCGGACAAGGAAGGAAGCUGCUUGGGCAAUCACAAAUGCAACAUCAGGAGGCUCUGCUGAACAGAUCAA